CUUUCCCUACCUCUCUCUGCAAAGCCUGGGCAGUGGUUGACGGACUGGUCUGUGCACCAAUCAGAGACUGCGCACUCAGGUCCCGGAAUGACAGACUCUCGAACUCUGCCCACUUCUUGAUGACUUCCGGGUCCAUCUGAGUGACCGGUACAGGGACACUCCCCUUUUUUAGUUCCAUGGAGUCCCACCUGCUGCUCAUCUCGCUGAAAGAAAUUCCCGAUUCGAACCACUUGUUCCUCUCCUCCAAUCGCCUGGCCUGCUCUCUGUCCCAGCCCUCCCCUUCCUCCCUCUGACUGACGACACCCAAAUAAGAGGGCGUGGCGUCUGGAUCCUGAUCCAAGGAGUCCGAGCGAUGGUCAGUUUGUCGACGGGUCGUUGCGUGCUGCUCUGUGUUCUCUGGGCCAGUCUCACGGGUGAGCUGAGAGGAUGGUUGGCAUGACAACGAAUGCCGAGAGAGGGAGUUCUCUUUCUCGCUGCUGCAUUCUAAUUGGCUGGGGUGGAAUCAGCAGAAAGACAAGAGGAUACUAUUACAUUUCAAAAGAAAUUUAAGAGGAUAUGGAUACAUAUACAUCUCAUCAUCAGGAUAUGGAUACAUUUCGUACAUCUCUACAUAGCAAAUCACUAUUUUGUUGCCAACACAUUGAGCUAUAGUUGCAACCAACUUGAGCAAUUCACAGUAAAUGGAUGCAGCUGUUUAUCUUUCACUUUCAAUUACAGAGAAGCAUGCACGUGCUAUCCACCGGUAUGUGUCAGUAUCUUCGUUUGCUUCAUUGUUUAACCACGAAUAAGAGUACAGUCUCGGCUCUGUAAUCUACCAUCCUCACUCUGUGACGCUGGACGAGUGGUAGCUCUGGAUAGCUUGUCUCAGAACCUUCACCCAGUUCUUCCUGAUCCUGGAGGUCAUAGCCGAGAGCGUGAACACGGCUCUCUUUGUCUAGCAAAGAUCAAGAGAAGAAGAACAACGAGCCCCAAAAACAUCAACCUCCAGAGGUUUCUCAAACAGGAAGGAAAUUAAGAAACUCCCACAGACUGUAGUGUGCGUGUGUGUGUGCAGGCUUCGUGUGAAUGUCUGCAUGAAGCAGAACAAGAAAGAAACACCUGAAUGCACACACUUGUAUCUGGAACCCAUAGUUCUUCUCCACAUCCCACUCUUGUACGUUGACACAGGUUGUGAGGUCUAUCUCUCCAUCCAGGUCAUCUGACUACAGCGGAAAAGAAGGAGAAGGUUAGAUGGGAACAGCCUCCGAUCCUCUCCUCCAAUGCUGUUUGAGAAGAGAGGAGGGAAGGAAGGCACAGGGGGGAAUCAAGGAUAAAGUCAACACAAUAUUGCAAGUGGGUCUACGAAAGUGUAUCCUAAUUAAAAGGAAAUACAUUAUUUGGAGGGGAUGCUUCUUAUUUGUGAGUUGAUGCCUCCAAGGGGCCCCCGAACCUGAGGCACCAGGUCCCCCCCGCUGGUCGGGCCCCCCUCAAACCCGCGCGUCUCUUUUAAUGGUUGGCACUGCCCACCCGUGCCAGGAUUACUGCCCACACAGACACAGCCUGAUGAUCGCCAUGGGAGCGGUGCGAGUCAACAGGUACAGCAUUGUAUCCACCGACGAAGAUGCCCUCAAGAUCUCCAGCCUGGGCCUCCACAACGGCCACGGGCCUCACACCCAGCACCCCCUCGCUGGGGCCAGGCUGGGGGGUGGAGGGGGCGGGGGAAUGGGGUCCGACGGAGGAGGGCUCGGGACCCUGGCCCUGCGUGCUCCGGCCACCAUAGCGACGACGGACACCGUCCACAACGGCCGGCGCGUGUCCUCGGUGCUGCCCGCCCCCAGCCGCUUGCGGAGUCGCUUCGUGAAGAAGAACGGCCAGUGCAACGUGGUGUUCCACAACAUGGAGGACAAGCCCCGCCGCUACCUGGCCGACAUCUUCACCACCUGCGUGGACAUCCGCUGGCGGUACCUCUUCCUCAUCUUCACCACCACUUUCCUAUUCUCCUGGCUGCUCUUCGGCGUGGUGUUCUGGGGCGUGGCGUUGGCGCACGGCGACUUUGACCUGCGGCCCGGCUUGGGGGAGGGGCCCCUGGGCGCGCUGGAAGGCGGGGCAGAGUGGCGGCCGUGCAUCCUCCACGUCCAGGGGUUCGUGGGGGCGUUCUUGUUCUCCAUCGAGACCCAGACCACCAUCGGCUAUGGGUUCCGCUGCGUGACCGAGGAGUGCCCGGCGGCGGUCGUCACCGUGGUGGUCCAGUCCAUCGUGGGCUGCAUCAUCGACUCCUUCAUGAUCGGCACCAUCAUGGCCAAGAUGGUGCGGCCCAAGAAGCGGGCGCAGACGUUGCUUUUCUCGCACCACGCCGUCAUCGCGCUCCGCGACGGCAAACUCUGCCUCAUGUGGCGCCUGGGCAACAUGCGCAAGAGCCACAUCGUCGAGGCGCACAUCCGGGCCCAGCUCAUUCGGCCGCACGUGACCGCCGAGGGCGAGUACCUGCCGGCGGAGCAGACGGACAUCGACGUGGGCUACGACGAGGGCUUGGACCGCCUCUUCUUGGUCUCGCCGUUGGUGGUGGUCCACGAGAUCACGGAGAACAGCCCUCUGUACCAGAUGAGCCGCGCCGACCUCCAGAAGGAGGACUUUGAGAUCGUGGUGAUCCUGGAGGGGAUGGUGGAGGCCACGGCCAUGACCACCCAGGCCCGCAGCUCCUACCUGGCCCGGGAGAUCCUCUGGGGCCACCGCUUCGAACCCGUGGUCUUCGAGAAGGCCGACCGCUACCAGGUGGACUACUCUCGCUUCCAUAAGACCUACGAGGUUCCGACCACGCCCCACUGCAGCGCCAAGGACCUCCGAGAGUUGUCCGGGGUGGACGGUGGGGGGGGCAGCAGGCAGUCUUCGUCUUCCAACGCCUCCUCCAGGUCAGGGACGCCCCCCCUGUUCGGCGCGCUGUCGUCGGCACGCUGCCUCCUGCCGCCACACUCGCCCAGCGCCUUCUGCUACGAGAACGAGGUGGCGCUGUGCUGCGGGGAGGAAGAGGAGGACGAGGAGGCGGGGGAGAGGACGGGGAUGCUGGGGGGGAGGGAUGACGGGGAGGGGGACGAGAGGGGAGGGGACUUUGAGGAGUGCUACGAGGAGCGGAGGGUGGAUGUGCUGUGCGUGCUGGACGUGGAGGGUCAGAUGGGCUUCGACAGGCUGCAGCCUCCGGGGAUUCCCCUGGACGCGCUCAACUUUGGGAGGGAGUCUGGAGUGUGAGUCACUCGCCUCCAUUUUUGGAGUUCUGGAACAAUGUACAGCAGCGUCACCUAUUUGCGAACACCUUGUCAGUCUCUUAACGACAAUAGGUGCCCUUUGCUGACUCUCUGCUUCUCUUUUUGUUAAUCCAACCAAAGUACUCGGAUAGAAAGCUAGCGGGGUCGAACAAGACUUGAUUUAGGCUACCCAUAACAAUGAAGGUCAUGGAAGAGUCCCAAAUGUGCCACUGAUGAGGUCAAAUGUAUUCCCUUCAAGACUUAUUAAAUGUAAAUGCUUGUAUAUGACCCCGCUCUUAUCGAUUGGAUGAUUACAGGACGAAUCCAAAACUUUGUAGUCUGCUAUAAGCGGAAAGAGAACAUUCUCUAUAACCAAAAUCUGCAGGACAGACGGUUGUUAUGCUUUUGAUUUCACUUUUGUUUGAAUACUCAAUAUUGUGUAUUUGCACAGCGCACAAUAUUGUUUUCUUUCUCAGAAAUUAUUGUAACUGAAUAUGGUUGAAUAGAGCCUUUAGUUAAAUCAUGAUGUGUUAAAUGCAAUGGCAUAAAUUAUUGUGUAUGAUAAUUUGAUAGUGUCUUCGUGAAUAUAACGUAUGUUUGGUUUUCUUACAUUAACUCAAUUCCUGUUCCACCUCUAUCAUUUACAGAUAACAAUAGUCAUGAGUAUUUAAUUCAAAACCCUAACCAAUAAAUUAUGUUUCUGUUGCUGGCAUUAAAGCAGUUUUUGUAAAUAUGUAAUGUUAUGUUUAGAAAUCAUGCACAUGGCGUCUUCCUGCUUGAGGUAUAUUACUGUUAAUGUUUUAUUAAAUGAGCUACAUUUCCAAAAUACAAAUGAUGAAUCCUUUAUCGAGGGAAAAAAAUGAUGCAAAUAUGUAACCCAGAAAUGGCACUUAUAGAGUUGGUAAAACACUAAAGAUGAAGAAAAAGCACUUUAUUCUGUAUUUUAUCAUAACUAUAUCUUUAAAUAUUUUCAACUGUACGCUGUUUUGUAUGAACAAAGGUUAAAUAAAACAUCA